UUUAAUGUCAGUUAAAUGUAUAUUUCUCCAAGGACUUCCGCCACCGCCACCGCCACCGCUACCGCUACCACGAGCUUCGUCCGACAACAUUAUAACUCUGGGUUCUGUCACAGAUUCAUCCAUGGCGGAUCAAAUGCGGACCUUUUCAUUCUCAGUCAGAGACCGAGAUCACGAGAAACACGACGACGUGGAGGAGAGCAGGUGUGCUUUCCUUGUGGUAGCUCUCUUCCCUUGUUUAGUUUGCUUUAUACUUCUCCUUAUUAUAGUCUCCGUCGUUUUAGUAGUCAAAUUCCGUCUAUUUUGCCACACUCCCCUUCAUUCCGUAAUUUACAAGAACAGAUGCUAGUUCUAGAUUUGAAUCGUAGGUGUUUCUCUGGCAUCACUGAAGGUGAUACGGAGUCUGAAACCGAAAUCGAAUCCGAUAGCUUCGAGUCUAGGUCGGACCCAAAGGAGGUUGAGAGAGUAUGCAAGGUGAUCGACGAAUUGUUUGGCUUAGACCGAAACAUGGAGGCUGUUUUAGAUGAAUGUGGGAUUAAUCUUACUCAUGAUUUGAUCAUUGAUGUAUUAGAACGGUUCCGGCAUGCUCGGAAGCCGGCCUUUCGGUUUUUCUGUUGGGCCGGGCAAAAACCGGGGUUUGCGCAUGAUUCCAGGACUUAUAACAAGAUGAUGGAUGUUUUAGCAAAGAAUAGGCAGUUCGAGACGAUGUUGGCGAUGCUUGAAGAGAUGGGCGCUAGAGGGGUUUUGACGAUGGGCACUUUUAUUAUUGCCAUUAAAGCUUUUGCUGCCGCCAAAGAGAGGAAGAAAGCGGUUGGGAUCUUUGAUUUGAUGAAGAAGUACAAAUAUGAAGCUGGUGUUGAUACUGUUAAUUGCUUGCUCGAGAGUCUCGGGAGGGCUAAGCUUGCGAAAGAGGCGCAAACACUUUUCGGGAAGUUGAGGGACCGGUUUACGCCCAAUUUAAGUUCGUAUACGAUAUUGCUUAAUGGUUGGUGCAGGGUGAGGAAUUUGAUGGAAGCAGGAAGGGUUUGGAAUGAGAUGAUCGAUAAGGGUUUCGAGCCUGAUAUUGUCGCUCAUAAUGUUAUGAUUGAAGGGCUGUUGAGGAGUCGGAAGACAUCUCACGCUGUGAAGUUGUUUGAGGUAAUGAAAACUAAGGGGCCUUUGCCGAAUGUUCGCAGCUAUACGAUCAUGAUUCGGGAAUUUUGCAAGCAGGCAAGGAUGGGUGAAGCGGUUCGAUAUUUUGAGGAGAUGCAUGAUUCUGGAUGUCCGCCCGAUGCACCGGUUUACACAUGUUUGAUCACUGGUUUUGGAAAUCAGAGAAGGAUGGAUACGGUUUACAGGUUAUUGUUGGAGAUGCAAGACAAGGGUUGUCCACCGGAUGGUCAUACAUACAAUGCCCUGAUUAAACUGUUGACAACUCAACGAAUGCCGGAUGAUGCGAUGAGGGUAUACAAGAAGAUGAUUCAGACCGGAAUCCAACCAACAAUUCACACUUUCAAUAUGAUGAUGAAAUCAUUCUUCCAGUCGAGGAACUAUGACAUGAGUUGUGCAAUUUGGGACGAGAUGACUAAAAAGGGGUUUUGCCCCGAUGAUAUUUCGUACACUGUUUUCAUCGGAGGGCUAAUCCGUCUUGGUAGAUCAGGAGAGGCAUGUAGACUUUUAGUAGAAAUGAUAGGGAAAGGAAUGAAAGCUCCUCAACUCGAUUAUGGAAAGUUUGUUGCUGAUUUCUCUAGAGCUGGGAAACCCGCCAUACUGGAGGAGUUGGCUCAAAAGAUGAAGUUCUGUGGUAAGAUUGAAGCCUCGGAUAUAUUUACAAGAUGCGCCGAGGCGAUGAAGAAAAGGGUUAAGAGAAAUGGUCCUUUUAAAACCGAUGGAAGGUGUGUCUGACAUGCUAAUGAAGCGUUUUCGCUCUGGUUUUUUUUCUUCAUUUGGCUCAAUCGAUCAUACUGCAAAUGACCUUUUAUGGCAUUGUAAAUCAUAAUUUCCAGUUGUUGAAUCCCGUAUUUCUAGUGCUAUUGGCUUAGUUUAGCUAUUGG